AUGUGGCGGCCACAGCAGCAGUUGCAGGCUCAACAUCUCUCCCAUGGCCAUGGACCUCCAGUGCCUCUAACACCACAUCCAUCAGGACUUCAGCCUCCAGGAAUCCCUCCCCUUGGAAGCAGUGCUGGCCUUCUUGCCCUUUCUAGUGCUUUGGGUGGGCAGUCUCACUUGGCAAUAAAAGAUGACAAGAAGCAUCACGAUGCAGAACACCACAGAGACAGAGAGCCAGGCACGAGUAAUUCUCUGUUGGUCCCGGACAGUCUGCGAAGCACAGAUAAACGCAGGAAUGGCCCUGAAUAUACCAAUGACAUCAAAAAGAGAAAGGUGGAUGAUAAGGAUUCCAGCCACUAUGACAGUGAUGGGGACAAGAGUGACGAUAACUUGGUUGUAGAUGUAUCCAAUGAGGAUCCUUCUUCCCCAAGGGCAAGUCCCACUCAUUCACCACGUGAAAAUGGUAUAGAUAAAACUCGUUUGCUGAAAAAAGACGCCUCUAGCAGUCCAGCAUCUACAGCCUCUUCAGGAAGUUCCACUUCCCUCAAAUCCAAAGAAAUUAGUCUGCAUGAAAAAGCCAGCACGCCUGUUCUGAAAUCCAGCACACCAACUCCUCGAAGUGAUGUGCCAACCCCAGGCACUAGCGCAACUCCAGGACUUCGUCCAGGCCUUGGCAAGCCUUCAACGAUGGACCCUCUGGUUAACCAAGCUGCUGCAGGUUUGCGGACGCCAUUGGCGGGACCAGGACCAUACCCUGCUCCAUUUGGAAUGGUACCUCAUGCUGGCAUGAAUGGAGAGUUAACCAGUCCAGGGGCAGCCUAUGCCAGUCUGCACAAUAUGUCACCCCAGAUGAGUGCUGCUGCUGCUGCAGCUGCUGUGGUUGCCUAUGGAAGGUCUCCUAUGGUUGGGUUUGAUCCUCCUCCGCACAUGAGAGUACCUGGAAUCCCUCCAAAUCUAGCAGGGAUUCCUGGGGGAAAACCAGCCUACUCCUUUCACGUUACUGCAGAUGGUCAGAUGCAGCCAGUUCCUUUCCCUCCUGAUGCCCUCAUCGGUCCGGGGAUCCCUCGCCAUGCCCGUCAGAUCAACACUCUGAACCAUGGAGAAGUUGUGUGUGCAGUUACCAUCAGUAACCCCACGAGACACGUGUACACGGGUGGGAAGGGGUGCGUCAAAGUCUGGGACAUCAGCCAGCCUGGCAACAAGAGCCCCGUCUCUCAGCUGGACUGCCUGAACAGAGAUAACUACAUCCGCUCUUGUAAAUUGCUGCCUGAUGGAUGCACCCUAAUAGUUGGCGGCGAAGCCAGCACAUUAUCCAUAUGGGACCUGGCAGCUCCAACUCCUCGUAUAAAAGCAGAGCUGACAUCCUCAGCCCCUGCCUGCUACGCUCUGGCUAUCAGCCCUGAUUCCAAGGUGUGCUUUUCCUGCUGCAGUGAUGGGAACAUUGCAGUGUGGGAUCUGCACAAUCAGACAUUGGUCAGGCAAUUCCAGGGCCACACAGAUGGAGCCAGCUGUAUUGACAUUUCUAAUGAUGGUACCAAGCUCUGGACAGGAGGUUUGGAUAACACUGUCAGAUCCUGGGACUUGAGAGAGGGGAGACAGCUACAACAGCACGACUUCACAUCACAGAUAUUUUCCCUUGGUUAUUGUCCUACUGGUGAAUGGCUAGCUGUGGGAAUGGAGAGCAGCAACGUAGAAGUGCUACAUGUAAAUAAACCAGACAAAUAUCAACUGCACCUUCACGAGAGCUGUGUAUUGUCACUCAAGUUUGCUUACUGUGGUAAAUGGUUUGUGAGUACUGGGAAAGAUAACCUUCUUAAUGCAUGGAGAACUCCUUACGGAGCUAGUAUCUUCCAGUCCAAAGAAUCUUCGUCAGUGCUUAGCUGUGACAUCUCUGUGGAUGAUAAGUACAUAGUCACUGGCUCUGGAGACAAAAAAGCUACAGUCUAUGAAGUUAUCUACUGAAAUAUAUGAUGGGGAUAUUUUUAGAAGUUGAACUGGGCCAAAAUUGUUCUUAAUUGUAGAAGUAGAAAGGUUUUGCCUUUUAAAAAGGAACAAAAGUAUUGAAGUUCCAGACCUUGCCAUGAAACUACUCCGAUUUUUCAAAAUAGAAGGCAACAUCCAGCAAGUAAAUAUUGGCUACGUGGACCAAAUGGAACACAGAGGCAAAAUGGACAGAUGUAGCCUAGGUUUUUGACAGUUUUUAAAAGCCAAGUCUACUGAAGAAUGUUGGCGCCUUUUAUUUUUUUCUUUCUUUGUGACCUCAUGCAAAUUGUUCUCAUUGCCUGAAUAUGGGGGAUAAAUACCUUUCUGUUCCUUGCAGUUCAAGUUGCAUUCUGUCCUGUGUAGAGCAGUGGUGUCUCAGAUGAACUUGUUUCCUGGUUUUGCAUCUUAUGAUAUGUUUUUGUAUUUUUGUUGAAGGUCAAACAUUUGUAUAAAUUGUAAAUAUAUUUAGUUUAUUACAGUAAAGGCUUUAGUACCAACAACCAGUCUUCCCCCCCUGCCCCCUCCCUGCCCGCCCUGCUUAUUUAAAAUUAAAAACCUUUUGGGGAUAUAAGUACCUUUUUAGAAGCAAAAGCAAACACUAUGUAUAGUUUGAAAAUGGUGACUUAUUCUUUAUAACUAUUCCUAGAUUCCUUUAUCGUACUUCAA